UUUGCAUACUUAUUAUGUAGACUUCAUAUACCAUUCAGGCGUUUAAAUCUGUUAAAAUUAUCGGAAGUAUUUAUAACACUCUUUCGAGCUUCUCUUACCCAAGAAUGCCCGAUCGAUUACUAUGCGUAUAUAUCAUGUUAUCUAUAUUCCACAGGAUUCCCAUUAAUUAUCUUCUCGUGAACUUGGCUGUUGCUGAUAUCUUGUAUGUGACGUUUAUCUCCCCAAAUGUGUUCAUUAUCCAAUUUUCCUUCACCAACCUUCCGGACGGAGUGACUGGUACAGUUUUAUGUAAAUUUUUUAUAACCGGAACCUUGGCAUGGGUUGGAGCAGCCUCGUCAAUACUCACCUUGGCUGUGGUCGCCGUCGAGCGAUAUUAUGCAGUGGUUUAUCCUCUUGGUGACAAAGAAAAAAUAACCAUGGAUAAUUUGAAAGUGAUAAUUCCUGCUGUUUGGAUGUUGUCAAUAUUUAUCAAUAUUCCGCCGUUCCUGAUAUGGCACUUUGACGAGGAAAGAGACUCGUGUGUGUAUAUUUACCCUGAGGAGUGGAUGGCUGUGGGUUAUAAUUUGUUGUGGGAUGCCUUGGCAUUUCUUCCUCUUGUACUGAUGGUUGUGUCCUACUCCAGAGUUGUAUACACUUUGUGGUUCAAGCAGAAUUACGACUUUCAAAACAACCAACAUCAAACGGGCGUGAUCAGGGUACGGAAGCGCGUCACCUUGAUGGUAGUAGCUGUCAGUGCCAUCUUUGGAAUCUGUUGGGGCACAAGUUCAGUUGCCUACACCUUGAGGGCUUUUGACCCUAGCAGCGUUGGUCCCGUCCCGAUCGCCAUCGCUAACACAAUGGUCUUGUUCAAUGCUGCUAUCAAUCCCUUUGUGUAUGCACUGUUGAAUAAGCAAUUCAGAGAGAAGAUGAAAAUACUGAUAUGCUGUACCAGUUUCUGUGUAUCCCGAGUUUAUCCUCCGCGUCAAUCUCAGAGGUUGGAGAGGUUAGAGCCUGCCAAUCUCCGUCCAUCCGCACCAUCCAUUUCUGGUUGUGAGACAGGAGUCAAACAACACGCACAGCCACUAAGCCACUAAGCUUUAAGUUUAAUCGUACUUAAAUAAAGGUUGUCUGUCUGCAGUAGCUUCGUUAUUGAAUAAUUACACACGUUAAAAUAGCCCAUUUUCAAACUCACUUUUGCCUGUGUUUCCAGAUUAUGAUACAUUCUAUUUUAAUCAAAAUCAUAGCUAUUGGCAAAUAAAACAAAGAUGCCAGGGCGUGUUUUCUAAGGCUUCUUUAUAAGUGAGCAAAUGUUCAGUUACGAUAUUUUGAGUUGUUUUGGCCAGAUAAAAAAUAGCUGCUCGAUGAGCACAUGAAUCCACGGCCUUAGGUAAGUGGAUUAGGAAUCUCUGCAGGACCUGGGUUUAAUUCAAUGUCUCCAAAUAACAAAAACUUCUUUUGUGACAAGAGGUAGUCCUUAUUAUCAAACUGAACUCGGACAAAAAUUCUGGAUAACAUUUAUAAUUCCUACCAGAAGACCAACACUUUUCUUGUUCAAAUUUUUGUUUAAAAAAUCGAGCAAAAAAAGACUCUUCUUCAUGAGCAAGCUUGGCAAUCCAUAGUUCACAACUGGUAACCACAGUGACUAAAACAGAUGAAAUUAAACGGGAACACUUUUCUUCAAGAAAUGUUUAAUUCAUUCUGCCUCUUACUUUUCUGCGUUUAACUGAUUUUAAAGCUUCACGUGGUAAUCUAGAUGGUUCUCUGUCUCUUUCCCUAAUGCAGUAACUGAUAAGUCUACUGAUUAAAGAUUAAAGAUUUACUCUCACAUGUACCUUACCUUAAGUGUAAACACUGAAAGACUGUCUUUCACUUCGAGUAUUUGGAGAAAAACUGAAAUACUAGUUACAUAAUAACCAGGCAUAGCUUCUGUGGAUGUGUUUUCCAUGGUCAUGAUUUCGUCAACUAAAGCUUUUUGUUUGCACUCUACUAAGAGUGUCAUAUCUCCUUAAGAGGAACUCUCAUCUAAUCGUGGUGGAAUUGACUGCGUUGCGCUCUGACUGCAUAAUCCUUCGAAAGGGAUGUGUACUCCCUCGAAAUGGCUGCAUAAUCCCUUCAAAGGGUUGAAUUAUCUCUUAAAAGGACUGAAUAAUCUCUCCAAAGGGCUGAAUAAUCCCUCGAAAGGGAUUCGAGUUUCGUUGAGAGGAAUGAAUUAACGUGAACAGUGAAUUCGUGAUUUCUGUGCUAUUUGAGUCGCCCAGUGAUGUAACAGGCCUGAUUGCAGAUUCCGCUCUACAUUGCGAAAUAUUGUUUUAAAAUUUGAGUGUAUGGCAUUGAUGUCCUCUGCAUCACAGGCAACAUUAGGGACCUUUAUACGAUGCAAGAACGGGAAGGCCAAGACGGGAACAGCAGUGGACGCGGGGAACUUUCGCGUGCCGUGUCGCGAAAGACAAAGUGCUUUAGGCCCGGUUUAAACGUUGCAUUUUACAUGCCGAAUCGAAUUGCCGAAUUAAGUGCAUGUAAAAUGCGACAUUUAAAUCAAUUAAAGGCGACAUAUUUCAAUUAAAUGCGAGUUCAGUCGAAUAUUCGACUGAUCCAGUCGAAUAUACGACUGAAGUUCGACAGUUGAUUUAAACGCCGCAUUUUACACGUGCCGAAUCUAAUUCAUAAAUUAUAUUAAAUAAAUUAUGUUAAAUAAAUUAUGUUCGCUCGAAUGGGAAUUAACACGUCGCUAUCGCUCGCGCUCAGCAAUUUUAUUCGGCAAAAAAA